AGUUCCAGAAUGCAGGUUCCUCAGAUCAGGAGGGAGAGGGCCUAGAAGCCAGGUGCUCGGGCUAGCCACAGACUGGGUCUGUGGGAUACCCACUGUAACUGUGGCCCCCCCCAAAAGCAUUUCAACAUGGGCCUGGAGCUCUACAUGGACUUACUGUCAGCACCAUGCCGUGCUGUCUACAUCUUUGCCAGGAAGAAUGGCAUCCCAUUUGACUUCCAAUUUGUGGAUCUAUUAAAAGGUCACCACCAUAGCAAGGAAUACAUCGAGAUCAACCCCCUGAGGAAACUUCCGAGCCUCAAGGAUGGCAAGUUCAUCUUAUCUGAAAGUGUGGCUAUUCUCUUCUACCUAUGCCGCAAGUACAGUGCGCCUUCCCACUGGUAUCCGCCAGACCUGCACAUGCGUGCCCGUGUGGACGAGUUUAUGGCCUGGCAGCACACAGCUAUUCAGUUGCCCAUGAGCAAGAUCCUGUGGAUCAAGUUGAUAAUCCCAAUGAUCACGGGGGAGGAGGUCCCCAAGGAGAGAUUAGAUAAGACACUGGAAGAGGUGAAGAAAAACCUACAGCAAUUUGAGGAGAAGUUUCUGCAGGACAAGAUGUUCAUCACUGGGGACCAUAUCUCACUGGCUGACUUGGUGGCACUGGUGGAAAUGAUGCAGCCAAUGGGGUCUAACCACAAUGUCUUCAUCAGCUCCAAGCUUGCAGAAUGGCGAAUGCGGGUGGAGUUAGCCAUCGGCUCUGGCCUCUUCUGGGAGGCUCAUGACAGACUGGUGAAGUUACCAAACUGGGACUGUUCGACACUGGACCCUAUGAUCAAGGGGAGGAUCUGUGAAUUUCUGCAGAAGUAUAAGUGAUCCCAGAGAGCAUCGAUUCUGCGGGGGCCGGCGGAGAGAAGUAUAAGUGAUCCCAGAGAGCAUCCAUACUGCGGGGGCCGGUGGUCUCCGCCUUUCGAGCCUCUUCUCCUAGGGAAGUCACCAGGAAAACACACUGUCCCUUUACCUAAUAAAAUAGAAGAACUGGAACAGC